AUGAAUGUUACUGGACGACUCUUUAAAACUUUUGUGGUGGACGAAUGUUAUUGUACUAUUUGUGUGAAGGAUAAGAAAUCGGAGAACCUGAAGGAAUAUAUAAAGCGAGUUAUUCCGGAAAACUACAGUGAUAUCACAUUUGAGUAUACACCCGAUCGGGAAGUAAAUAACGACUUUUUGGAUACCGAUGAAGUCUCGUUUAUUCUGAAAACUGUCAAACCGGAGGCCCGUCUUAGUAUCGGAUGUAACAUUGAUCUAGAUUUCAAACAUGAUAAUCCCUUCAACUUCAAGUCAGUUCGUUAUUCGGAUGCUCGUUGGGUGACUAUGGAUGUUCUGAAAUCAAUCAAACAUUCUGGAAAUGUGGAAUUGGGUGAAACCAAUUUUAGCUAUAAGGAUAUCAAUGAGUACAUUCACUAUUGGGUUAAUAGUGAAGAAGAUCUGAUCCGAAACCUUAGUAUUGGACUCAACAGAGGCUUGGACUUUAAUGAGCAAGAGUUAUUGAAUAAGUUGGCAUUUGCGACGUGUCAACGCCAAUAUUGGAAAUAUUAUUUCAUCAAAGCAAAAAGUUAUGAAAACAGAAAAUUCACUUUUGCUCUAGUGUCAUGCUGCAGUUCUCUCAGUAAGGUUAAUAUUCAAAUGGGCGAACCAGAUGUUGGAUUGGCUGCAGUCAUUUUCAAGCAUCUUGAAGAUAUUGAAGAAAUUCAGAAGUUGAGUGAAGUGAGGGAAAAGAUCGAAGAGUUGGAGAUUAAAUGUGUGGAAGUGUUGGAAGAAGAGACAUCUGAUACUGAGAAGGAACGAAUUCGGAAGGAAUUGGAGAUUGUUGUGAAAACGAGAAAUUUGAUUGAGAUACGAUUGAAUGCAAUACGGAGUCAAUGGAAAGACUUCUUGAAAAAUAUAUAUUCCGGCUUGUUGCGAGUGGCAGGGAUCACUGAUACUACUCUGCGGGUCACUGUGACUAGUCCAAGUUACGUGUAG